UUGGCUGGUGAAAGAGGAGGAUAUCAGGAGCUCCAGAACACACUUAAACAAAGUGAUCAGAAGCGCCCCACUACAUGUUCAUACUAUUAAAAACCUUGAAAAAUAACUUAGCUGUUGAUCACUGGCAGUCGCAAUUGUCCACUAUUUGAAUCUUUUUCAUGAAUUAAUUUCUUUAUUGUCAAAAGGUAGGUGAUACGAAGCUAACUCAACGAAUAGAACUAGCUUGCAUUACCAGGGUUCGCACAAUCUUGAAAAGUCCUUGAUUUUUAGCGGAAGUCCUUGAAAAGUCCUUGAAUUCCAUUUUUCCUUGAAAAGUCCUUACAUUUCUGGGCAAGUCAUUGAAUGUAGUGGCCUGGAAAGUAUUUUUUGAUGCUUUUUGAAUGUCUAAGACAGAAUACAAAUCAUAGUUCAGAGAAUUUAAAGGUUAUUUACAGAAAGUGUCUUAUGUCUUAUAGAAUAAUUAACUAUUAGUUUAACACGGGUGAACUGAAAAAAGUUGCUUCCAAUUCAGGAAAAAGUUAUAGGGACUGUAAGCUACCUUGUAUCGAAACUCACAUAGAACCAUGCGCACCUUUGUUUAUGACCAGAAAAAAAUGAGCACGAGCGGCAGCUCUGCGACGAAUUCGCACCUCACCCAGGGGGGACGAAUGACAAUGAUGCCCAUGUCUGCGAACCGAUCUGAAUAAACAUGUAUUGCAGAGCAAAACAUAAUAAUCAAGAAAAAACUACCCAUUCAUUGAAAGAAGGAGUGACAAAAAUUUUAGUGUUGUAAUUUUAUUCAGGGGCAGUAUUUUUGCGAUAAUUUUAUUAUUAUUUUAUUUUGCACUGUGAACUGCCACUCGUGCCCAUUUUGUAGUCAUAAACAAAGAUGCUGGACAGUUCUAUCUGAGCUCUGAUACGAGGUAGCGUCCAAUCUCAAUACCUUUUCCUGAGUUGGAAACAACGAACAGUAGUAAAAGUCGUUGAAAAUGCAUUGCAAUACAUCAAAAUGUAUCUAGCAGGAGUUUGAGCCAAAACUGCCAAGGGAUAUUUUAAAAAUGUCGAGAAACAAGUCAUUCUACUUCAGAGCAAAGUUUGGAGCAAUUUAUAGUGCUUCUAAAACUAAAAAGUACCUUUUAAAGAAUAGCACGAUAGGCAAUCGGCUUUUGUUUUAAGAAUUAGCAAGCAAACAUUGAAUUUACUUGUCCAGAAAAUUCAAACUGGUGUCUCCUUCUACCUGAUAGUAAUUUAUUUUUGAAAUUCCAAAACAAUUUAAUAGAUGAAUUUUGAGCGACUUUUAGUUACAGACUCCAACAAUUUUUCUAAAAUUUCUUUGGCAUAUUUAUAAUAUCAAUUAAAGCCGAUACCAGAAAUUUCAGUAAAAAAUAUCAGCAAAUUUUUUUACUAGACGCGAUUUUCUUUGUAAGCGCCAAUUUAGCGAAGUAUAUUUACCAUCAAUGAAAUCAGAAUAUUUCGUAGUAUUAACGAAUUAUAUCAGUUGUUUUCUUUGCAAAGUUUCUCAGCCAUCGUGUUAAAAACGAAAGAUGAAAACUUCGUCACAGCUAAAUGCGCCUGUAUUAAUGACGGAGCCACCUUAACAGUGAAAAGAAAGGAAUUCUUUUUAUCGGUUUUAUUCAAUCUUGUCAAAGUAACCCGGAAAAUGAAGUUAAAUGAUUUACGCGUAAACUGGUUUGUUAGAUCCUAACUGUACUAAACGCUUCGGCUAUAAUUAUUACCUGUCAAAAGCUGUAAUCCACCCGCGAAACUAUGAACGGAGACGAGAGGAUAAAGAUCAGAGAACGAAUCCCCCAUAUAGGCCCUAUACCCAUCGUAAUCCCUCUAAAGAUAUUUUAAGAUCUACUCCUAGAUCGGUUGUUCCCAAAAGAGUUGAGUGUCAAUCAUAUGUCCUUAAUUUUAUUAAUGUUGAAGGAGAUUAUCAAAUUUAUCAAUUAUCCACCAAGGUCAAGGACUCGCAAUGGUCAUGGUCUGGUAAUGCCUUCCGUCUUAACGUCAAUAUCGUGAAUUUUUUCUUUGGCUUUAUUUCAAGAAUUCAGUGCUGACAUUUUGACAAACCACAUCAAACACUCGAAAGACAGUGGUUUCUGUGAUAUGCAGAAAACAAAAGACAGUUUGUUUAAACUGACAUGGAUGUGAAUGGUUCCCAUCAUUUCGCCACUUCUCUUCUGUGACUUCUGUGUUGACACAGUAAAAACCCGCGAGCAAGAACCUGCAUUUUCCCAAGGAAGCCUAAACAGGAUCUUGCAUAAAUGGUAAUAGCACGAAUUUAGGCUCUUUAGGUUCUAAAAUAGGAUCUUAUUUUCUAAAGAAACCAAAUAGGUUGUGGCUAACAGUAUUUAAUAGUAAUAACUACCCUGCGAACAGAGAAGAACAGAGUCCCUUCGAUAUUCCUAGAUAAGUCGCUUCCUCUUUCCCGACUUAUCUAGGAAAGAUCGAAGCGACUCUGCUAGCACGGUAACUAAUAACUCACUGGGAGAGGGUGAUAUUUAUUCGUUAAGACGAAUCUCUAAGCACCUACCUCCCAGCAAGGAGGAAAUUUAAAAAAAUUAUAAUGUUUGCAUCAGCUGUUUGAAAACUCGGAGUGUUUUUUAAAUUUUCCUCCUUGCUGGGAGGCGGGCGCGUAGAGAUUUGUCUUAACGAAGAAAUGUCACCCUCUCCCGGUAAGUUAUUUGUUGACGCUAGCGCCCAGUCACCGACGAACGACAAAAUGGUUGAAAAGUUACACUUUUACAAGCCACGGAUAAAUGGCGCCGAUUUUUGAACUGUAGUUGAUCUUUUCGGUCGAGUUAUGCGAUCCAGGCUCAAGCUUUACCGGAACGGAUUGCAGGAAGGUGAUCUUAAGGCAUCACUUUGUGGAUUCGGCGGCGUAAAAUGUAAGUGUGUUUGUUUUUUCGCGUGAAAUUUGGAGCUGAUUAUGAGCAGCUCUGAAGGUCGAUCGGGCGAUUCUGUACUACCUUGUCUCUUAUUAUUACCCUGUCAGGUCAAAUGAUGUAAAAGUACUCAAAUCGCGCUGAAACUUCGUAAAAACAAACACAACGACACGAGGUAACAAUAUUUACACUUUAUUAAUAACUUUCAUCGCUUUUAGUUCAUUUAUUUCAUGUAAGUUUCAAACUCAUUACUUCCCAUACAAACUCUCAUAUUACGCUUGGGCUACCUGUGCCUUGACUCUUAUUAUUACACUGUCAGAUCAGAUGUUGAUGUAAAAGUACUCAAAUCGCGCUGAAAUUUCCGAAAAACAAAGACGACUACUCCAGGUAACAAUAUUCACACUUUAUUGAUAAUUUUUAUCGCUUUUACGUCAUUUAUUCAUCUAAGUUUUAAACUCUUUCUUUCUUAUACAAACUCUCAUUUUACGCUUGGGCCACCUGUGGUUAAACUGAUAAUUAAAACGUUUGACUGGACCAAACGGCAUAAUAGCGUUUACGUCCGACGAAGAGAUUUAUUCAACCGGCCCUUAAUUUUGAAGACCAUCCCACAGCCAAGGUAAUUAGCUUUGUCUAUUCAAACAUGCAUGGAAAAUAUUUGACAGUAAUAAACACAACACUUUGAAUUUGGUACCUAUGCUUUAUGAAAAAUGAAUUUUUUUAUUUCACGUCAGCUUCUUACUUCUUACAUCAUCACCAAUGAAUUAAAUUCAUGUUUGCAUUGUGGUACAUCAACAGAAUUUUAUGUGGAAACUUGUUCUUGGAAUCUGCGAUAGGAACGAUUCCUAGUACUGUUACUACUAUACAAUGGAGACCUAAUUCCAGCGGUGCCCGUUACCAUGCGUUACUAUGUAACCGUGAGAGGCGGCAAAGUCAAGUUAGAAAUAUAUACGGUACCACAAGUGAAGAGUAAAAUAAUAUGUUCUUAGUCUCUCACCUAUGUUUCGACCGUGUUAAACGGCGUUCAUCAGGGUGAAUGGCCGUUGCAAGCAUCACAUACUAUGAUUACAUAAUAACAAACAAAUUUGAGAACUUGCACGCGCUACAAAGGAAGAUAAACACGCGCGCGCUCUUACCGGACGCAAGACCUAGUCGCCCUAUUCUGGCUGUAAAAAAAAUCACUUAUAUUCAAGCCCUGAGGCUGAAUACAGUUCAACCUAUUGGCCCACUGGCCUUCUUUAUCCAGGAGAGCUGAUUCUUUCCCGGACACUCUGUCAAUUAACUGUAUACUGACAUCCUCAAGACCAUGGUGUCCCGGGCAAGAAAAAUGUCUAUAUAAAAGAUCAUCCUUGUUUCUACCCUCAAAAGAAAGCAAUGAAUGCGCUCUAAAACGGGCCUUAUGAUUGUUAAACCUAACCCUAAAUUUUGUUGUUAUUGACCCAACGUACUGCGCAUGACAAACCUUACAGGACAACAAGUAGAUAACAUUACUACUAUUACAGUCCAGUUCGUAGUUAAUUGUAUACCGCUUUCCAGUUCUGUAAGAGAUAAACCUUUCUCUCGGUUCCAGGUACUUACAGACGUGGCAUCGUCUCUUACCACACACCACUGUCCCCUUCGAGCUCCGCUCCAGACGCGUUGACGGCCUAAGUUGAGCGUGUACUAGGUAGUCCCCCAGGCUCUUGGGUCUUCGAAAUGUCUUUGUCAUGCGCAGUACGUUGGGUCAACAACAACAAAAUUUAGGCUUAGGUUUAACAAUCGUAGGGCCCGUUUUAGAGCGCAUUCAAGGCUUUCUUUUGAGGGUAGAAACAAGGAUGAUCUUUUGUAUAGACAUUUUUCUCGCCCGAAACACCAUGGACUUGAGGAUGUCAGUAUGUGCCACUCGAAAAUAAAAUUCAUAUCUUCAAGCCACCGUGUAACGUUCUUUUUGUUGUAUACACAAAAAGACAUCGAUAAAAUAAUAGAAGGAAAUUACCGAAAUUACGUCAUCGAUAAACUCACGUGUGAGAUUACAGUACCUAUAGCAGGUCAUGAUGUAUAAUGUAACUUAGCCCAGUUUACAUGUAACUGUUUAUCCGCCCUUUUUUGUAAAGAAAAACAGAAAUCAGUUUUCGCUAUAUACAGAAAAAGUGACCUUGGAAUCUUAACCGGUAAACUGGCUGCCGGCGAAGAGCAUGGUAAAACAAGAUGUUCGUAGGAGGGUUCGGCUUUGCCCUGCGUCGCAGACACUCUAAACCUUCUGUAUAAUGGUCUAGUAUAAGGUAAUACUAGGGCCGGCUGCAACGCAGGCAUGGUUCGGCUGCAAAGCUGACAGAAGAACAGGGAGAAAGAAAUAGAAAUACACUGGGAAACCCUCUACACCCCGCUUCCCCAGUACUCAGUUGAAACAGCCAUAUUCUUUUGUCUCUUUUCGUUUGAAAACCUUCUUGCUACCACCAUAUUUUCAUAAUCCUUUAGUGGUCGCAAUGGCUGGUUUGCAGGUGACGUCAUGGCGACCAUGUUAGUGGUGAAGAACAAAAGCAUUUUUCUCCUCUGGGAACUAAACCCCAUUUUCAAGAAAAAAUCCUAUUGCAUAGACCACCAACUUGGCUGCCUUGUCACAUGACUGCAAACCAAAAAUAAUUGGGGGGGGGGGUUAUUGUGAAGUUAACUCAACAAGCUUUUGAAAGGGGAAGGAAACGUAAAUGACCAAACAAAUGAAACAGAUGUAACAAAAUUUACCGGUUAAAUUAAAAAUUACGAGAUCACGUUAUAUUGUAAUUUGUAAAACAUGUGUUGAGGAGUCCCACAUCUUUCUCAGUAACAAAAUAAUUUUUUAAAUUGUAAAAUUUAUGAAAAACCGAGAGAUGUAUAAAUCAUACAAUAUGAUUACAAGUAAAAGUCAGUAACAAAGAAAGAUCGUAUAAAAAAAGCUUGAAGGGUAAGUGUUAAGUUAACAUAUAAAGACUGACUCCAGUAAGAUUAGGUCUUUUCCGAAGAGAUGUGCAUAACUUCCUGAAAUUUCAAGCUGAAAUUUCGUGGAGGCAGAGUCCAUAUAAUUUCAAAGUAUUGGGCAGCAGAACAGGAUAAAACGCAAUGUCCCAAACUCUGUACACGUUUGAAAGGGGGAAAGCCGACUUGUUGGAAGGAGAUGCUCACGGACGCGUGUUGAAAAAAUGUCGAGACCUUUUUUUCAAUGUAAUAGCGCAACAGCAAGUACAAGAAAAUUCUAUUACUACAUGUGCAUGGAGCUCUCUAGGGACAAGAUUUUCUACUGUAAAGAUAUUUCUUAAUUUAAAAACGAUGAAUCGUUGGAAACUGUCGCUGAACGGUGACAAAGACAAUUACCCCAGGUUAGAAAAGGCAUAUUUUUUUUGUAUACCGACCCUUUUCUUUGUCAUUGAUCAGUUAUCUAUUACAAAGAGAUACAGGCCUCAACGUUUGUUCUUACUGGCUGUGAGAAUACAAGUAGGUUCGGGUGAACGUAGUCCUGAAUAGGACUAUUGUUUAUAGUGACUGAACUUUCGACAACCUGUGUGGUAGUCACCCUCAGAGUUGAAGGCCUCUGCCUCGGGACUACACUCACAAAAUGACUCGUGGCCGGUUCAAACCUUUCACUGUUAGAAUAACAUAACUUACCAGAUAAUAGACUUUUCAAUUCAUCUUUCUUUGAUUUGUAAGCGAUUUCAGAUGCUUGGUUGUUAUUCAUACUCUCUUCUGUCAUAUGACGCAUUAUGUAUCGGUUGCCUUUUUUGAUGUUUGACCGAUUACACAUGAUUGGUAGUUUGUAGCUGAACGCGACGAACAAAUAAAUUGUGGCUUUCUUCCUUUAAUUUUCCGCCACGGUACACACGUCAGAAGCUUAACUAAAAAUUUAACGGAGUGAAUGACUUGGCGAUUGAAAAUAUUUCUGGCCAUACAAAGUGAGCGAGAGGUCGUGGUCAAGGGAAUUUAUUAUCUCAUAGUGAUUCUAACAAUUAAAAUAAUUCGCCUUAAUUUUAACAACAUAGUGAAGCGACAAUGAUGCAGGAAAACAAACAUUCUUAAUUUCAUUACGUCAGAGUCGAAAAGUAACCAAUAAGGGCAGAGAUUUCACCAAGUUAACAAAAAAUGCCCAACGACCAGAAGAGAAAAACACUCUAGCUGCUGAGAGAUCUAGCAGAGGAACUACACACAGAAUGGCCGGCAAUAAUUACGAAAAAUUUGUUUAUCCGUGUGAGCAGUUUUCAACUCCAAAUCAUGUACAAUCCAUGAAGGAAUGCUUUCCACGUAGUUCGCGGCAUGAAGGUGAGAGACUCAUCACAUCUGUGUGACUUUUUCUGUUACCAUAUUUUACCAGCUUUUAUUUUGACAUUCUUGGGUAACUAGUAGGCCAUCUGAAUAUUUCUCUUAAUUUGGUUUAUCGAUAUCUUCACAUACAGCAUGCUGUCAUCGAGGUUAAUCAGUGAUUUCUGUUUUACGUGUCGAGAGCCAACGUGCAAAACAAAAAGGGCCUUACCGGUUUCCAGGUAGAUUUAUGCGACGAACAUUUGUUGAACAGAGAAAUAGCUUCAAGGAUUACUGUACGGCUGGGAUUUUAAAAGUAUCAAUGUAGCAAGGUUGUCUAUGCAGUUAGGGGAAUAACGAAUACACUUUUUUAUUUUACUCCCUUAACUGAACAGAAAGCAGAUUUUGAAUUUUCGGCCAAAAGUAGUUUGCAAUAAACAGGAUCAGAGAAUCAGUCUGGCUCCGCUAAACUGCCUAGAAUUCUCCACUUAAAAAAAUAUCAAGGAAAGAAAUGUUGAAACAACAAACAUAAACUGCUCUGCGCCUUGUUUCUUCUUACAUCGCUCAUUUCAAAUAUCCUAAAACCUAGCCAUUAAACAGAGAUCCAACAAUUUCUACUCAGGUUUUUCAGUGUCGUUUUCCAAGAGACAGGAUGAAAAGUGUAAAGGCAUUCGUUGACUUUUUCUUCAGGCCCCAGGUCCCGCGCUGGUUAUUCAAAAGAUCGCUAUUUACCGGAUAAAUACCUAUUCAUCAAAUAGGUAGCGUUAUCCACCUUUCUAAGCGAACAAUUUGAUAGAUGUCGCUUCUAAUUUAUUUGCUAUUUCUUCUCACCAUGAAUAUACCAUCAAAAUUCUUAAAUUGAUUUGAAAACGAAAAUCAUCUCAGAACCUCCACACUGAAAAUACAAAAAACAUUCCCUUUCUAGGUUUGUCUCAGCGGAUGACAUAACGUGCCUCUAGCGACGGCGCUUUGUACCACCAAAAAGGAUAAUCGAUAAUCUAAAAAAAUAAUAGUAUUAAUUUAGUAAUUAAGACUUUAAAAUACACCGUUUCCCCGAACGUGUACGGGUAAUUUACCCGUUCUUGUACUUAUAUGUACGGAUAGACCUCCUCAUUUCCCGGAGAAACGGCAAAGCGACUGAGUAUAACGAUAAUGCUAUCACCAUAUAUAUGGGAAAUCGCGUUCACUUUCCAAAACAUUUUCGCCUUGGGUAACCCGUAGCAAGAACAAAUCAAAAUAUUUAUCUUGUUUUCUUUGUUUGUUCCUCACUUUCUUCCUUGUAAAAUCUUUUUAUUUCCAUUUCGAGUUUGUCAACAUUAGCAGGGAUAAUGUUUACCAAGAAAAACAAAGUUGUUUUUCCUAAUUAUACUAAUUACAUUACCAAUGGUUUUAUUUUUUUAUUUUUUUUUUUUUCACAAAAACCGGCCUGGGACAGUUCACUGCAGAUUAUUAUAUUCAUUUAAAAUUCAUUACAGUCAAACAAAAGUAACUAGAGCUUUUAGGCAGUUACUCUUACCAAACCUGUUCCAGAAUCAUUUGUUAUCCCUGCUUCUUAUUGGCUAGAGAGAAUUCUAGUGUUUUCGGAAAUGGUUCGGCAAGAGUUACUUCGCGGGCUUGGCUUUAACGUUCUUCUCGUAACCUUGACGAGCUUACCACUGUUCAGAACUGGCAGGCGGCUAAAACAGCUAUCGUAUACUUUACUGCAAAACUGAGCUGUUAUCAAGGAACAAAUAAGAUGUGAAACCAUCAAAUCAAACCAACAAGGUUUGAAACAAUCUGUGGGGAUGGGAAAAUUCUUAUUGCGAUGCUGUUCCAUUUAUCCAAGCCUAAGGUUCGACUAUUGUUGGCAGGAAUGAAUUGGAUAUUUUGUCGCUUACCAGUAUAUCACUAACUGAAUAAACAUUACUCUCACAAGGUCGACGUAAAAUGCAAAUGUAAGGGACGACCUUUACAUCCAUGCGUGAGUAGUGUCCCAACGUACACAAGUACACUUUUGUGGACUUUCGUUUAUCACCGGGCAAAGUCAGUUUCUGCUGCUCUUUUCAGGUCCAGUCUUCGCAGCCCAUUUUGUUAUACUUUCAACAAUGUUUGGGUGCUUUUGUUGUUGCUUUGUUGUUCUUUUUGCAUUCUCUAGCAUUUUUCCGGGAGGAAAACCUAUGGAUCAAUCAGUUUGUCUUUACAUCAGUUAUUAUGGCAAUUUCUUUAUUCACAGACAGCUCUGUGAAAUUUGGCGUUCCAAAACCUACUUUAAAAUUUGGUUAUAUACCCCACAUUGACAAAUCAGACCAAAAAUCUGUGGUUGAAUAGCUUGCAAAUGCUACAAAAUACAGUGUAAUCCAACCUCUCGACGGAGCCAUCUAACUUUACCCUGUUAAAUUUCAAAAUAUUGUACUUCAUUCCAGAAUACCAGUUACAGUCUGAGGUAGUCAACACAAGUAAUGUAGCUGGACGAAAGGGAAAGAUUUCUCGCACCCAGUUUUCUAUCUACCAAAAAGUUGCAUUGGAGAAUUCUUUUCUCUCCUCUUUGUACUUGACUAGUGAAGAACGAGAUGCUUUGGCCUUCAAACUUGGAUUGUCUCCGGCUAUUGUACAGGUGAGUAUUGCAAGUGUUAAUGAGCACCUAAACAAUUUAUCAUAUCUUAGUGUUAGCACAUUUAAAGGCCUUAUUUCAACGAGCUUUCACAGUUAUCAUUGUGCGUUUCUGGGAAACUGCACACCUACCCCUCCCCUAAGCCAAAAUUAACCCUUACUUCUCACUUAGUGCAAAAUGUUGGCUUAGGGGAGGGGUAGGUGGACAGUUUCCCAGCUUCAUUUGCCUGUCCCUCUGCAAAUGCUGGAUAUAACUAUUUUAACAUUUCUAGAAGCCUUGAAGAUAUUCUUCACAUGUCAGU